AUGUCAUCCCUUGAAUCCCUUCUCUUUGGAAACGCUGUUGAUAACGAACAAUCUGAACGUGAAGCUGCCGAGGAACUUGAUCUUUGGAGCAAUGCGCAAUUCACGUUCGACAUUAAACCAGAGACUACUUCAACUUGCCAAGAUGAAACGAAAUCCCAACAGCAGCAGCAAAGUCGUUCACUUGACGAUGUUCUUGAUGCGGCUACGUAUGAGAAGCUUGUAAAUUACCUUGACUAUGAGUUGCCACUCCAGCAGCAGCAACAGCAGCAGCAACAUCAGCAGCACACUGAGACAUUUGAUAAUCAGCCUUCUUCAUCAUCCAACAACGCUAUUGCUCCUCCUGUUUAUCAACCCAUCUCAUCCACUACCUCCACAACUACAACCACCACUACCAUCAACAACAACAACAAUAAUAAUGCCAACACGACAGCAACUCCUCGAAGACCAUUACUGCUACCUAAACCAGCUCCACUGGAUCCGCUUCAAUUUGCUGCCAGCUUUAUUCAACAGCCAUCUCUGCCUCAACAUUUAUCCAUUGCUCCUCCAUCAACACCGACCAUGACCCCAACUUCAUCAUCAUCAGGACGUAAAAAGACUGCUGGUACAAAGCGAGCUGCCUCAGCUGCAAUUGAAAGUGAAAAGAAAACGGAGGAACAAAUUGCCGCUGAAGAAGAUAAGCGUCGACGCAACACUGCCGCCAGUGCUCGAUUCAGAAUCAAAAAGAAGCAACGUGAACAAGCUAUGGAACAAACGGUGCGUGAAAUGAAAGCCAAAUCGGAUCAAUUACAAGAACGUGUGGUCGAGUUGGAACAAGAGGUCAAGUGGCUUCGUGGUUUGCUAUUGGAGAAAUCAUGA